AUGGGGCCCCCGGGCAAUAGGGGAUCACGGGGCCCCUGUGUGCUUGCCCAAACUCAAAAAAGCCUCUCAAGCCCCCGGGCAAUAGGGGAUUAUGGGGCCCCUGUGUCCUUGCCCAAACUCAAAAAAGCCUAUGAAAAAGGUACCAGGGGCAUCUCAUGGGGCCCCCUACUGACCUCGGGCCCCCAGGCAAUAGGGGAUCAUGGGGCUCCUGUGUCCUUCCCCAAACUCAAAAAAGCCUAUGAAAAAGAUACCAGGGGCAUCUCAUGGGGCCCCCUACUGACCCCCGGGCCCUUGGGCAGUGCCCGAGUUUCCAAUGGUCAGUCCGCCCCU